CUGUGCUACAUUGUGAUUUUCUCCUGGGAAAAACACGAUGAGAUUACAGAAAAAUAUUGUUUCUUGUUUCGCUUACGUUGGCAAUGUCCGUUUGCAAGUGUCACACUACGGCCAAUGCUUUGGCAACCCUGGUUUUCACCAAUAUACAACAACUUUUGUCUCAGCUACAGAGUUAUGUUCUACAGCUUCAGUCUACUGUGGUUCAGAUGCAGGCUGGGAAAGAGCAGGGAGCUUCACAAGGGAAUCAUAUUGUCCAGUGCACAUGGAACCAUAGCAGUAUGGGGGCUGCUAAAUACGUAUCAUCGGGGCUUGUUAAGUCGUGUCAGUUUACAAAGAAAAGCUCAAAGACUGCACUGAGAGUGAAAUGGUCAGGUGAUUUGAGACUGCUUCGUAAGUCCUCUGGAGGGUACGCCGCCUGCAAACGCUGGUAUUUCACCUUCAAUGGCGCCGAAUGCACCUCUCCAGACGCCAUAGAUAUCGUGGUGCAUACAAAACUUAAAGAGACAACUGAGAACUUCCAUAAAACGACGUCAGUUGAAGGCCUCUGCUUCAAUGUCCCCGCCGGUGAGGUAACACUUGGCUUCAACGUAGGGAAAUGCAAUGUUGGGAACUAUCCACAAGGCGAAGUCCACACUGGCUAUUUUGGCGUGUUCCGUAUCAUUGUUGAAGAGGUGACAGUGAUCUGAUGUCAAAAG